AUGAUGCCCCAGCGGAAGAAGAAGAGGAAGAAGGACAUCGACUUCCUGGCCCUGUACCAGGAGGAACUGCUGAACUACAACUCGGAGGACGACUCAGAGGAGCUGGAGCACCAGUACUACAAGGCCAAGGUGUACGAAGUGGUCACGGCCACAGGGGACGUGCGCGGCGCGGGGACGGAUGCCAACGUCUUCAUCACACUCUUUGGAGAGAACGGGCUGUCUCCCAAGCUCCAUCUCACCAGCAAGAGCGAGUCCGCCUUUGAGAAAGCCAAUGUUGACGUGUUCCGGGUGAGAACCAACAACGUGGGCCUCAUCUACAAAGUCAGGAUCGAGCACGACAACACGGGCCUGAACGCCAGCUGGUACCUGGACCGCGUGAUCGUGACCGACAUGAAGCGGCCUCACCUCCGCUACUACUUCAACUGCAACAACUGGCUGAGCAAGGUGGAAGGCGACCGCCAGUGGUGCCGGGACCUGCUGGCCAGCUUUGACCCCAUGGAGAUGCCCAGAGGUAACAAGUAUGAGGUCAAAGUGUACACCGGCGACGUCAUGGGCGCAGGCACAGACGCAAAUGUCUUCAUCAACAUCUUUGGAGAGUAUGGAGACACAGGCGAGCGCAGACUGGAGAACGAAAAGGACAACUUUGAAAAAGGAGCCGAGGACAAGUUCAUGCUGGACGCCCCAGACCUGGGCCAGCUGAUGAAGAUCAACGUCGGCCACAACAACAAGGGGGCUUCCGCCGGUUGGUUCCUGUCCAAGAUUAUCAUUGAAGACAUCGGGAACAAAAGAAAAUACGACUUCCCCCUCAACCGCUGGCUGGCCGUGGACGAGGAUGACGGCAAGAUCCAGAGGGACAUCUUGGUGGGCGGAGCGGAGACCACAGCUAUCACGUAUAUUGUCACCAUCUUCACUGGGGAUGUGCGGGGUGCUGGGACCAAAUCCAAAAUCUACUUGGUCAUGUACGGGGCCCGAGGGAAUAAGAACAGCGGGAAAGUCUUCCUGGAGGGCGGUGUGUUUGACCGAGGCCGCACGGACAUCUUUCACAUCGAGCUGGCCGUCCUCCUCAGUCCCCUGAGCCGGGUCUCCAUCGGGCACGGCAACGUGGGCGUCAACAGAGGCUGGUACUGCGAGAAGGUGGUGGUUCUGUGUCCCUUCACUGGCAUCCAGCAGACCUUCCCAUGCAGCAACUGGCUGGACGAGAAGAAGGCAGACGGGCUGAUUGAGAGGCAGCUCUACGAGAUGGUGUCUCUCAGGAAGAAGCGCCUGAAAAAAUUUCCCUGGUCCCUGUGGGUCUGGACGACUGACCUCAAGAAAGCCGGUACCAACACGCCCAUCUUCAUCCAGAUCUACGGGCAGAAGGGGCGGUCAGAUGAGAUUCUCCUGAAUCCCAACAACAAGUGGUUCAAGCCGGGCAUCAUCGAGAAGUUCAGGAUUGAGCUCCCGGACCUCGGCAGGUUUUACAAGAUACGGGCAUGGCACGACAGGAGGAGUCCCGGCUCUGGGUGGCAUCUGGAAAGGAUGACGCUGGUGAACACGCUGAACAAGGACAAGUACAACUUCAACUGCAACCGCUGGCUGGACGCCAAUGAGGACGACAAUGAGAUCGUGAGGGAGAUGACCGCGGAGGGCCCCACGGUGCGCAGGAUCAUGGGCAUGGCCCGGCACCGUGUGACCGUGUGCACAGGGGAGCUCGAGGGUGCGGGGACCGACGCCAACGUCUACCUCUGCCUUUUUGGGGACGUGGGGGACACGGGCGAGCGGCUGCUCUUCAACUGCAGGAAUAACACCGACUUGUUUGAAAGGGGCAACGCCGACGAGUUCACCAUCGAGUCCGUCACCAUGCGGAAGGUGAAGCGGGUGAGGGUCAGGCACGACGGCAAGGGCUCGGGCAGCGGCUGGUACCUGGAGCGCGUGCUGGUGAGAGAGGAGGGGCAGCCGGAGAGCGACAACGUGGAGUUCCCGUGUCUCAGGUGGCUGGACAAGGACAAGGAUGACGGGCAGCUGGUCCGAGAGCUGCUCCCCAGCGACAGCAACGCGACGCUGAAGAACUUCCGCUACCACAUCAGCCUGAAGACCGGAGAUGUCCCUGGGGCCAGCACAGACUCCCGUGUCUACAUCAAGCUCUACGGGGAGAGGUCCGACACCAUCAAGCAAGUGCUGCUGGUCUCCGACAACAACCUCAAGGACUACUUCGAACGCGGCCGAGUGGACGAGUUCACGCUCGAGACCCUGAACAUCGGCACGAUCAGUCGGCUGGUGAUUGGGCACGAUGGUGCUGGCAUGCACGCGGGCUGGUUCCUGGGCAGCGUCCAGGUGCGCGUGCCCCGCCAAGGCAAGCAGUACACCUUCCCCGCCAACCGCUGGCUGGACAAGAACCGGGCUGACGGGCGCCUGGAGGCGGAGCUCUACCCCAGCGAGAUCGUGGACAUCCAGAAACUGGUCCACUACGAGGUGGAGGUCUGGACAGGGGAUGUGGGCGGCGCAGGCACCACCGCCCGAGUCUUCGUGCAGAUCUACGGUGAGCUCGGCAAGACGGAAGUGCUCUUCCUCUCCAGCCGCUCCAAGGUGUUCGAGAGGGCGUCCAAGGACACCUUCCAGGAGGACGGCGAGCUGGUCGUGGAGCUGGCACCGGCGGGCCGGCCGGGCCCCGAGCCCAACACCUACGAGGUGCAGGUGAUUACAGGGAACGUGCCCAAGGCGGGCACCGACGCCAAUGUCUACCUGACCAUCUACGGUGAGGACUACGGGGACACGGGCGAGCGGUCCCUCAAGAGGUCGAACAAGUCCAACAAAUUUGAGCAGGGGCAGACAGACACCUUCACCAUCUACGCCAUCGACCUGGGGCCCCUCGCCAAGAUUCGCAUCCGCCACGACAACACAGGCAACAGAGCGGGCUGGUUCCUGGACAGGGUCGACAUCACCGACGUGAACAGCGAGACCACGUACUACUUCCCGUGCCAGCGCUGGCUGGCGGUGGAGGAGGACGACGGACAGCUGUCCCGAGAGCUGCUGCCGGUGGACGAGUCUUACGUGCUGCCACCGAGCGAGGAUGAGGGCGGGGCAGGCGGGGACAGCAACCCCCUCGACAACCUGGCCCUGGAGCAGAAAGAUAAGUCCACCACAUUCUCCGUGACCAUAAAGACGGGGGACAAGAAGAAUGCAGGCACCGAUGCCAAUGUCUUCAUCACGCUCUUUGGCACGCAGGACAACACCGGAGUGACCCUCCUGAAGUCCUCCAAGACCAACAGCGACAAGUUCGAGAGGGGCAGCAUCGAAGUCUUCACGGUGGAGACGCUGGACUUGGGGGACCUGUGGAAAGUCCGCAUCGGCCACGACAACACAGGCAAGGCCCCGGGGUGGUUCGUGGACUGGGUGGAGGUGGACGCCCCCUCUCUGGGGAAGUGCAUGGUGUUCCCCUGCGGCCGCUGGCUGGCCCGGAACGAGGACGACGGCGCCCUGGUGCGGGACCUCUUCCACGCGGAGCUCCAGACGCGACUGUACACGCCAUUCGUUCCGUACGAGAUCACCCUGUACACCAGCGAUGUCUUUGCGGCCGGGACGGAUGCCAACGUCUUCAUCGUCCUCUACGGCUGCGAUGCCGUGUGCACCCAGCAGAAGUACCUGUGCACCAACAAGCGGGAACAGAAGCUGUUCUUCGAGCGGAAGUCCGCCUCCCGCUUCAUCGUGGAGCUGGAAGACGUGGGUGAGGUCAUCGAGAAGAUCCGCAUUGGCCACGACAACACGGGCAUCAACCCCGGCUGGCACUGCUCCCACGUGGACAUCCGCAGGCUGCUCCCGGACAAGGAUGGGUCCGAGACCUUGACUUUCCCGUGCGACCGAUGGCUCGCCACCUCCGAGGACGACAAGAAGACCCUCCGGGAGCUGGUGCCCUAUGACAUCUUCACGGAGAAGUAUAUGCGGGAUGGGUCCUUGAGGCAGGUCUACAAGGAGGUGGAGGAGCCCCUGGACAUUGUGCUGUACUCAGUGCAGAUCUUCACGGGGAACGUCCCCGGGGCGGGGACGGACGCCAAGGUCUACAUCACCAUCUACGGGGACUUGGGGGACACCGGCGAGCGCUACCUGGGCAAGUCCGAGAACCGCACCAACAAGUUCGAGAAGGGCACGGCCGACACCUUCAUCAUCGAGGCGGCCGACCUGGGCGUCAUCUACAAGAUCAAGCUGCGGCAUGACAACAGCAAGUGGUGCGCGGACUGGUACGUGGAGAAGGUGGAGAUCUGGAAUGACACCAACGAGGACGAGUUCCUGUUCCUGUGUGGGCGCUGGCUGUCCCCGAAGAAGGAGGACGGGCGGCUGGAGCGGCUCUUCUACGAGAAGGAGUACACCGGCGACCGCAGCAGCAACUGCAGCCGCCCCGCCGACUUCUGGGAGAUCGCCCUGAGCUCCAAGAUGUCCGACGUGGACAUCGGCACAGUGACGGGGCCCAUGGUCGACUACGUCCAGGAGGGCCCAGUCAUCCCCUACUACGUGUCCGUCACCACCGGCAAGCAUGAGGACGCAGCCACCGACAGCCGCGCCUUCGUGGUGCUCAUUGGGGAGGAGGAUGAGCUCACCAAGCGCAUCUGGCUGGACUACCCCCGUGGCAAGCGGGGCUUCAGCCGCGGCUCUGUGGAGGAGUUCUACGUCGGCGGCCUGGACGUGGGCACCAUCAAGAAAAUAGAGCUGGGCCACGAUGGGGCCUCCCCCGAGAGCUGCUGGCUGGUGGAGGAGCUGUGCCUGGCAGUGCCCACCCAGGGCACCAAGUACACGUUGCGCUGCAACUGCUGGCUCGCCAAGGACCGGGGUGAUGGCAUCACCUCCCGCAUCUUCGACCUCUUGGAUGCCACGGUGGUGAACAUCGGGGUGAAGGUAGGACCCGCGGCGCAGUCACUGAUAUCCCAUGAGACCCUCUUCAACCGCAAAGGAGCUCCGCGCUCCUGGCCAGGCCCUCCUCUCACCGGCCGAUGCCCAAGGGGAGCCAUGCGGGCUCACGGGUUUGAGCGGGAGCAGAACGACACCUUCCUCAUGGAGAUUCUGGACAUCGCCCCGUUCACAAAGAUGCGGAUCCGGAUCGACGGCCUGGGCAGCCGGCCCGAGUGGUUCCUGGAGCGGUCAGUGCCCCUGUUGUCCCCGUGGACACACAGCCAGAGCUCCUGGUUCCCUCAUGGAGCAGGGACCGACGCCAACGUGUUCAUCAUCAUCUUUGGGGAGAACGGGGACAGCGGGACCCUGGCCCUGAAGCAGUCAGCCAACUGGAACAAGUUUGAGCGGAACAACACAGACACGUUCAGCUUCCCCGACAUGCUGAGCCUGGGUCACCUCUGCAAGCUGCGGGUGUGGCACGACAACAAAGGCCUGUUUCCCGGCUGGCACCUGAGCUACAUCGACGUGAAGGACAACUCCCGCGACGAGACCUUCCGCUUCCAGUGCGACUGCUGGCUGUCCCGGAGCGAGGGCGACAGGCAGACGGUGCGCGACUUCGCCUGCGCCAACAACGAGAUCCGCGAGGAGCUGGAGGAGACCACCUACGAGAUUGUCAUAGAAACGGGCAAUGGAGGUGAAACCAGGGAAAACGUCUGGCUCAUUCUGGAAGGCAGGAAGAACCGCUCCAAAGAGUUCCUCGUGGAAAACUCAUCCAGACAGCGCGCCUUCAGAAAAGGGACUACGGACACAUUUGAGUUUGACAGCAUCUACCUGGGGGACAUUGCCUCCCUCUGCGUGGGCCACCUGGCCAGGGAGGACCGGUUCAUCCCCAAGAGGGAGCUGGUCUGGCACGUGAAGACCAUCACCAUCACCGAGAUGGAGUACGGGAACGUGUACUUCUUCAACUGUGACUGCCUCAUCCCCCUCAAGAGGAAGAGGAAGUACUUCAAGGUGUUCGAGGUCACCAAGACCACGGAGAGCUUCGCCAGCAAGGUGCAGAGCCUGGUGCCUGUCAAGUACGAGGUCAUCGUGACGACGGGCUAUGAGCCGGGGGCGGGCACCGACGCCAACGUCUUUGUGACCAUCUUCGGAGCCAAUGGGGACACGGGCCGGCGGGAGCUGAAGCAGCGUCUGCGCAACCUCUUCGAGCGGGGCAGCACGGACCGCUUCUUCCUGGAGACGCUGGAGCUGGGCGAGCUGCGCAAGGUGCGCCUGGAGCACGACGGCCGUGGCCCGGGCGCCGGCUGGCUGGUGGAGCGCGUGGAGGUCACCCACACCAGUACCGGCGUGGCCACCCACUUCCACUGUGGCCGGUGGCUGGACAGCAAGCGCGGCGAUGGGCUCACCUGGAGAGACCUUUUCCCUUCUGUCUGAGGGGCCAGGCCAGCCACCCUCUCG